UUCAGGAGUCUGUAUAAGAUAUCAAAAUAUUUCUGCUAACACACACCCCCUCACUACACGUGAAUAACUCUUCUUUCUUAAAUCAAUCAUACGAACAGACACUGAAAAUACCGCUUGAGAACCAUGAGCUCUGACAUCCCUCCUCCCUCCUACAACGACGCCGUCUCGUCCAUUUCCCGCCAACCGCCCUUCCCACGCCCAGACUCCAUCCAAACCCACCACAUCGUCGUCGGGCCCGGCGCCACAUCCCUCUCCCUCCCUUUCCCAGACCCGGCCGAAGAAUGGCAGACUCGUGAUAUCUCAGUCCAGGAUUGGGCCGCCUUCGCUUCCAACAUCACCGCAGCGCUCGAUGCAACCAUUGGUGUCGACGACAAGAAGCAGUUGGCAAACGAAGACGAGUACAUGGAGAAGCGCCUGACAGAUAUUGUGGAGGGAUGGAACAGCGGCUUCUUUGAGCAGCGCGGUCUCAAGGUUGUGCUCAAUGGGCAGGAUGAUGCUGCCACCGCUGCCGCGGGCUCUUCUAUCGAUGUAUCGAGGUUUAACUUUGGCCCCAAGAAGUUCGGGGUUCAGCUUGGUGGGGCAAUCUUUGGUGUGGACUUGUCAUCUAAGAAACCUGCUUCUGAGAAGUAACCUGCAAUUAUCUUCGGUAGAUCCACAUCAUUGUUCAAUAGCGAGAAAGGAGAUAUGUGGGAGACUUUAAGACGUGGUGUGAGAAUAAAAAUGUAAGGGGAAUAGAAACCGAGACAAAUCGGAUAAUAAAGUUCGAAGCUUUGCCCCAUUACGUGC